ACCCCGCAUCGCUAUGAUAUUAUGGGUAGGAAAUGAAGUGGAUGAGUACCGCAGAGCUGAGUGUGCCAGUCAUUUACCAGCAAUCAGGGCCUUCUUUAAGGAAGUUCACAUCUUUCUUCCUGCCCACACUUUGGAUGAAAUCACAGAGGAGAGGAUCUGUACACUGGCCUAUAAAGCUGCAGUGGUGACGCAGGGGCCGAGAGGGAGACCUGGCCGCCGGACAGAAGACAGACAGGCCAUUGUGGGCACUAAUUACAAGCGAACAAUCGCAGCUGCAGAGAUCCAGAGAAUCCAGAGAGAUUCUUUUUGGGCACAAGCGGAGAGAGAAGAGGAGGAAAGGAAAAAGGAGGAACAGCGGAGGGCAGCAGAGGACAGGAGGCAGAGAGAGAAGGAACAAUUGCUUCAGGAAAGGAGAGAUGCAAUAGAGAGAGAGAGGAGGAUGAAUGAAAAAGAACAGAAAAUAAAGGAGCAGAGGAGAAGACAAGCGCAAAUGGAGGCAGAGGCCCAGAAACGGGAGAACAUAAAAUGGGAGCACGAGGAAAGGGAGCGUGAAGAAGAGGAAAUUAGAGCUCGAUAUUCAUGCUCUCAAUCAGAGGAAAACGCUGCGGAGGCAGCAACUCUGGUGUCGCAGCGUGCUGUAAACCCCAGAGAGUUUUUCAGACAACUGUCCUUCUCAAGUGUCCACACAGCCUCCAGUCCCAGCUCCACAUCUCCAGUCAGGAGUCCCUAUAGACGACUGCAUCGCAGUCAGACGGACAAUAUCUUCAGUUUCAAUGAAUCACCUUCUUCUACACCUACAUCUCCAUACAGAUCAUCAAUGGUAUCACCUUACUUUCCAUCGACUCCCACAUCCCGGAGCCCAAUCCUUUUCACUAGCACUAUAGCUUCCUCGCUUCAGAAUGGUGCAGUGGUAUCUACCAAAAGCCAGAUCCAGCUAUCUUCACCUAAGACGAUGGAGCCACGGCUCCAAACUCAACCAUCACCUACAAUCGAUGCAACUGCAUCUGAAAUCAAAACUCCUAUCAGUGAUAUACUAGACAGUCUGGUCUUUUAUCCACCUCUACCAACCCCUGAGCAGCUCCAACCAGAUGAAUCAGAGACAGUGGAUGAGUUUCCUCCACCUCCCCCUGGUUUUGAGAAUUCACCUGAACGGUCUGUGGACCAGCCUGAAACACUUGACGACCCCUUAGACCCUAUUCUUCCUCCAUCAUGUGUUUUGGUACCUGAGCCACCCACCAGGCCACUUCCUGCUCUGCCCGUUGCUCCACGAAUGCUGAAAGACCUGGAAGCGGAGAGGGAUUUUACUGCUCGGGCAUUGGCAAUAUCUACGGUUGAGGAGGAGGAGGAUGAAGGGAAUGGAGAAAAAGAGAUGAAAUAUGAGGGGAAAGAUGCAGUAGGGAAGGGAGGUGGAGAACAGAGAGUUGAAACGGGAGAGAAGAAGAACAGAGGACAGGAGGAACAUGAUGGCAUGACUAUGGAAAAACACGAAAGUGAAAAAGAAUCAAAUGGUAAAAUGAUGGAGAGAUAUGAGAGUGGAAAAGAUGGGAAAAUGUUGGAAGAAUGUGAGAGCGAAGAAAAACAAGAUGGAAACAUGGAAGAACAUGAUAGUGAAGAAGAUAAAGUUGGGAAAAUUGUGGAAGAAUUUGAGAGUGGCAAAAUUAUGGAGGAACAAGAGAGUGAAAAAAUAAGGUUAGAAUGUGUGCCAGAAAAAGAGCAGGAUAGGGAAAUUACAGAAAAACAUGAGGAAGAUCGAAAAUAUCUGGAAGAACAGGAAAAUGAAAAAAACAUGGAAGAAUAUAAGCAAGAUGGGAAUGUUGUGGAAGCAUUUGACAGUAAAAAGGAACAAGACAAGAAAAACAUGGAAGUAUUUGUGACUGAAAAAACACAAUGUGGGAAAAUGAUGGAUGAACGUGGGCAAGAAAACAAGCAAGAUGGGAAAAUCGUAGAAAAAUGUGAGGAAGAACAUGAAAGUGAAAGGCAAGAAAAUGAGGAAGGUGGGAAAACUGCAGAAAAAUGUGAAGAAUAUAAGAGUGCAAAAGAAAUUGAUGGAAAAAUUAUGGAAGAACAUGGAAGCAAAGAAAAACAAGAUGGGAAAAUUAUGGAUGCAUUUGACAGUGAUAAAGAACAAGAUGGGACAAACAUGGAAGUAUUUGAGACUGAAAAAUUACAAUAUGCAACAAGGAUGGAAGAAUGUGGGCAAGAAAAUGAGCAAGAUGGGAAAACUGUAGAAAAACAUAGUAAAAAUCUGGAAGAACAUGAAAGUGAAAAAGAAGAAGGUUGGAAAGUUGUGGAAGUAUUUGUGACUGAAAAAACACAAUGUGGGAAAAUUAUGGAUGAGCGUGGGCAAGAAAAUGAGCAAGGUGGGAAAAUCGUAGAAAAAUGUGAGGAAGAACAUGAAAGUGAAAGGCAAGAAAAUGAGGAAGGUGGGAAAACUGCAGAAAAAUGUGAAGAAGAAUAUAAGAGUGCAAAAGAAAUUGAUGGAAAAAUGAUGGAAGAUCAUGGAAGCAAAGAAAAACGAGAUGGGAAAAUUAUGGAUGAGCGUGGGCAAGAAAAUGAGCAAGGUGGGAAAAUCGUAGAAAAAUGUGAGGAAGAACAUGAAAGUGAAAGGCAAGAAAAUGAGGAAGGUGGGAAAACUGCAGAAAAAUGUGAAGAAGAAUAUAAGAGUGCAAAAGAAAUUGAUGGAAAAAUGAUGGAAGAUCAUGGAAGCAAAGAAAAACGAGAUGGGAAAAUUAUGGAUGCAUUGGACAGUGAUAAAGAACAAGAUGGGACAAACAUGGAAGUAUUUGAGACUGAAAAAUUACAAUAUGCAACAAGGAUGGAAGAAUGUGGGCAAGAAAAUGAGCAAGAUGGGAAAACUGUAGAAAAACAUAGUAAAAAUCUGGAAGAACAUGAAAGUGAAAAAGAAGAUUGGAAAGUUGUGGAAGUAUUUGAGAUGGAAAAAAUACAAUAUGUGAAAAUGAUGGAAGAAUGUGGGCAAGAAAAUGAGCAAGAUGGGAAAACUGUAGAAAAACAUAGUAAAAAUCUGGAAGAACAUGAAAGUGAAAAAGAAGAUUGGAAAGUUGUGGAAGUAUUUGAGAUGGAAAAAAUACAAUAUGUGAAAAUGAUGGAAGAAUGUGGGCAAGAAAAUGAGCAAGAUGGGAAAACUGUAGAAAAACAUAGUAAAAAUCUGGAAGAACAUGAAAGUGAAAAAGAAGAUUGGAAAGUUGUGGAAGUAUUUGAGAUGGAAAAAAUACAAUAUGUGAAAAUGAUGGAAGAAUGUGGGCAAGAAAAUGAGCAAGAUGGGAAAACUGUAGAAAAACAUAGUAAAAAUCUGGAAGAACAUGAAAGUGAAAAAGAAGAUUGGAAAGUUGUGGAAGUAUUUGAGAUGGAAAAAAUACAAUAUGUGAAAAUGAUGGAAGAAUGUGGGCAAGAAAAUGAGCAAGAUGGGAAAACUGUAGAAAAACAUAGUAAAAAUCUGGAAGAACAUGAAAGUGAAAAAGAAGAUUGGAAAGUUGUGGAAGUAUUUGAGAUGGAAAAAAUACAAUAUGUGAAAAUGAUGGAAGAAUGUGGGCAAGAAAAUGAGCAAGAUGGGAAAACUGUAGAAAAACAUAGUAAAAAUCUGGAAGAACAUGAAAGUGAAAAAGAAGAUUGGAAAGUUGUGGAAGUAUUUGAGAUGGAAAAAAUACAAUAUGUGAAAAUGAUGGAAGAAUGUGGGCAAGAAAAUGAGCAAGAUGGGAAAACUGUAGAAAAACAUAGUAAAAAUCUGGAAGAACAUGAAAGUGAAAAAGAAGAUUGGAAAGUUGUGGAAGUAUUUGAGAUGGAAAAAAUACAAUAUGUGAAAAUGAUGGAAGAAUGUGGGCAAGAAAAUGAGCAAGAUGGGAAAACUGUAGAAAAACAUAGUAAAAAUCUGGAAGAACAUGAAAGUGAAAAAGAAGAUUGGAAAGUUGUGGAAGUAUUUGAGAUGGAAAAAAUACAAUAUGUGAAAAUGAUGGAAGAAUGUGGGCAAGAAAAUGAGCAAGAUGGGAAAACUGUAGAAAAACAUAGUAAAAAUCUGGAAGAACAUGAAAGUGAAAAAGAAGAUUGGAAAGUUGUGGAAGUAUUUGAGAUGGAAAAAAUACAAUAUGUGAAAAUGAUGGAAGAAUGUGGGCAAGAAAAUGAGCAAGAUGGGAAAACUGUAGAAAAACAUAGUAAAAAUCUGGAAGAACAUGAAAGUGAAAAAGAAGAUUGGAAAGUUGUGGAAGUAUUUGAGAUGGAAAAAAUACAAUAUGUGAAAAUGAUGGAAGAAUGUGGGCAAGAAAAUGAGCAAGAUGGGAAAACUGUAGAAAAACAUAGUAAAAAUCUGGAAGAACAUGAAAGUGAAAAAGAAGAUUGGAAAGUUGUGGAAGUAUUUGAGAUGGAAAAAAUACAAUAUGUGAAAAUGAUGGAAGAAUGUGGGCAAGAAAAUGAGCAAGAUGGGAAAACUGUAGAAAAUCAUGAACACGGGAAAAGUUCGGCAGAACAUGAAAACGAAAAUCAACAGAACUGCAAAAUGAUAGAAGACUGUGGGAUUGAAAAAAUACAAUAUGGGAACAUCAUGGAGGAACAUGAAAGUGAAAACAAACAAGAUGGGAUGAUUGAAAACCAACAGGACAUACAGAACCAAGAUAAGGAACGAAUGUCACAUGUGGAUGUAGAUAAAGCAGUGAACGUGACUGUGCUCAGGAAGGAGCAAUCAUACACAGAGAUUAUAAAGAGGGAUGGGACAACAGAAGUACGUUUCAAAAAUGAGAAGAAACCUUUAAUCCAGACAGAGGAGGCUGACACAGUUUUUUCCCAGCAUGCACUCUUUCCAGAAUCGCAUGCUACAGAGCCAUCUCCAGUUAAUGAAGCAUGUAUUCCUGAAAGUAUUUCAACCACUCAAGAUAAAAACGAGUUACAGAUGUGCUCAACUCGUACCUCAUCUCAAAUAAACUUACCAACCAUUCAGGUCGAGUCAGAUCUUUCUAGUUUGAGCAAUCAAAGCGAUUCAGACAUAAAAGAGAAGACUGAAUCUAUUGACUCUCAAGCUUCCUCAGAGAUCUCCAAGAACAGCCCAGAUGCCACAUCAGCAGAACAGACUCCUGCAGUGAAGGAUGAACAACAGACAGAUGCAGAAAUGCUUCAAGAGGAUAAGAUUGUGGACGGCAGCAAUGAUUUGGCUGAGGGGAUUGAUGCUGAGUCCAAGACAUCACCUUUAUCUGAGAAUCAAGCCAGGACUGGACAAUCAGAUGAGGGGGAGGGGCUUGUACCUGUCAGUCAUUUCCCCGAAGACACAGAUUCUGCAGUGGACCUAAAAUAUUGUAUUACUCAUCAGCUGGAUCCGACUAAUGACAUAAGUGAUGUUGAAGAGGGAGAAGAGGCUAUAUCACUCCUAGCCAGUGACACAGAUGUGGAGCAAAACUUAAAAUGUGAUUCUGACUCUGAUCAAGUAAAUAAAGACAUUGAACAUGAAAUUCUGCAGAACUGCGAAACCAUCGCGGAAACACCCAACGACAGGAGGAAUGAUAAGACAGCCGAAGAAAAAUGAAGAACAUAAUUGGAGGCAUCAUGGGAACUCUGCAGCAAUCAUAGAGGAGCCCAUUUGGAGAAAUAUGACCAAUAGAUGUUUCUCUUAACCAAUCACUGAAGGUCUUUCUCCAGAUUAUUCUCAUAUGUGCCCAAUAAUGCAAUAUAUGUAAGUAGCACACGUUCAGGACUGUGUCCACAAAUGCACUCAAUAUACAAUGUGUAUUAUAACGUGAAUAUGUAUAUAUAUUUAUAUUUUUAAAUCUUAAGAAUAUAAAAGAGAAAAAUGUUAUGAUGUAUAAUAAAGAAGCUGUUUUUCUCAAAUCAUGCUGGGGAACAUAAUCAUCAUCACACACCAAAUACUGAGACAUCAUAAAUUCAUGUUCAUUUUUUUUCUGUUCAGCUGUUCACUUAAACUGUUAUAUUUAACCAAGAUUGCACUAUAUUAUAAAAGAAGCAUUUUCACAAGUGGACUCAGACUUCUGAACCCCACUGUUGGUUAUGUAUAGUUACAGAGCAUAUUUAUUAUUAAUUUUUCCUCUCAAGCAAAAUAAACUUGCUAGAAAUGUUGUUACUGUAUAAUGGUUCUUACUUUCCAAUAAAGAUUUCU